CACUGGACCCUUCUGAGCGUGUCCCUGUCGAACCUCCUCCUGUCCACAGCGUGCAGCGCGGGCCUGGCUCUGGCCAUUGCCCUCACCAUCCACGGCCGGGGCAGCCACCUGGUCAUGGGCUGCAACAGCUCAGCGCUGCCCGCGGACGCCCGUGCGGCCAUAGUGACCAACAACUGUCCCUUCAACACCACGCGCAUCUACGACACAGCGCUGGCGCUCUGGAUCCUCUCCCUGGUGCUGGUGGUGGCAGAGGCUGUGCUGUCGGGCAGAUGCUGUUUCGUGGCCCUGAUCCUCCGGGGCGUCGGGCCCUGCGCACGCGGCAGGGAGCAGCUGCCCAGGACAAGCACCAUGAAGGCAAGGCCUCCACGUGAGGGGCGGCAGCUCCUGGGGGAGCUGGCCGAGUCUUGUACCUAG